GCAGCUCUUCGUGCCGCCGCCCGGCCGGCCCCCGCGGGCCCUGCCUGGCCAUGGCCGCGGCCACCUCCCCUCCCAGGGCCGAGAGAAAGCGCUGGGGCGGGGGCCGCCUGCCGGGCGCCCGGCGGGGCAGCGCGGGCCUGGCCAAGAAGUGCCCCUUCUCGCUGGAGCUGGCCGAGGGCGGCCCGGCGGGCGGCGCGCUCUACGCGCCCAUCGCUCCGCCAGGCGCCCCGGGGCCCACGUCCCCCACCGCGCCCGCCGCGCCCCCCGCCGCCGCCGACCUUGGCCCGCGGCCGCCGGUGAGCCUCGACCCGCGCGUCUCCAUCUACAGCGCGCGCCGCCCGCUGCUCGCGCGCACUCACAUCCAGGGCCGCGUCUACAACUUCCUGGAGCGCCCCACCGGCUGGAAGUGCUUCGUCUACCACUUUGCCGUCUUCCUCAUUGUUCUGGUCUGCCUCAUCUUCAGCGUGCUGUCCACCAUCGAGCAGUAUGUCGCCCUGGCCACGGGGACCCUCUUCUGGAUGGAGAUCGUCCUGGUCGUGUUCUUUGGGACGGAGUACGUGGUCCGCCUCUGGUCAGCCGGCUGCCGCAGCAAGUACGUGGGCAUCUGGGGCCGGCUGCGCUUUGCCCGGAAGCCCAUUUCCAUCAUCGACCUCAUCGUGGUCGUGGCCUCCAUGGUCGUCCUCUGCGUGGGCUCCAAAGGGCAGGUGUUUGCCACCUCGGCCAUCAGGGGCAUCCGCUUCCUCCAGAUCCUGCGGAUGCUGCACGUCGACCGCCAGGGGGGCACGUGGAGGCUGCUGGGCUCGGUGGUCUUCAUCCACCGCCAGGAGCUGAUCACCACUCUGUACAUCGGCUUCCUGGGCCUCAUCUUCUCCUCCUACUUCGUGUACCUGGCCGAGAAGGACGCCGUGAACGAGUCGGGCCAGGUCGAGUUCGGCAGCUACGCGGACGCCCUCUGGUGGGGGGUGGUGACGGUCACCACCAUCGGCUAUGGGGACAAGGUGCCCCAGACGUGGGUCGGGAAGACCAUCGCCUCCUGCUUCUCCGUCUUCGCCAUCUCCUUCUUUGCGCUUCCAGCGGGGAUUCUGGGCUCCGGUUUUGCCCUGAAGGUCCAGCAGAAGCAGAGGCAGAAGCACUUCAACCGGCAGAUCCCGGCGGCAGCCUCGCUCAUCCAGACGGCGUGGCGGUGCUACGCGGCCGAGAACCCCAACUCCUCCACCUGGAAGAUCUACGUCCGGAAGCCGCCCCGCAGCCAUGCUCUGCUCUCCCCCAGCCCCAAGCCCAAGAAGUCUGCCAUGGUAAAGAAAAAAAAGUUCAAACUGGACAGGGAUAACGGGGUGAGCCCGGGAGAGAAGAUGCUGACGGUCCCGCACAUCACUUGCGACCCCACUUCGGAGGAGCGGAGGCCUGAACACUUCUCGGUGGACGGCUACGACAGUUCUGUGAAAAAGAGCCCCAUGCUGCUGGAAGUGAGCACGGCCCAUUUCACGAGAACCAACAGCUUUGCCGAGGACCUGGACCUGGAAGGGGAGACUCUGCUGGCGCCCAUCACCCAUGUGUCGCAGCUGCGGGAGCACCACCGGGCCACCAUCAAGGUCAUUAGGCGCAUGCAGUAUUUUGUGGCCAAGAAGAAAUUCCAGCAAGCACGGAAGCCCUACGACGUGCGGGAUGUCAUCGAGCAGUACUCCCAGGGCCACCUCAACCUCAUGGUGCGCAUCAAGGAGCUGCAGAGGAGGCCAGAUGUCCGUGCGGUGCCCUGGCCAAGCGUGAGCCGGUCUCCGUCUCCCUCCCUCCCCCCCAGGCUGGACCAGUCCAUCGGGAAGCCCUCCCUCUUCAUCUCCGUCUCAGAGAAGAGUAAGGACCGAGGCAGCAACACGAUCGGUGCCCGCCUGAACCGCGUGGAGGACAAGGUGACGCAGCUGGACCAGAGGCUGGCGCUCAUCACAGACAUGCUGCACCAGCUGCUCGCCCAGCACCACGGAGGCUCCCCGGGCAGCCGGCCUUCCAGCGGGGGCGGGGCCCAGGUGGUCCAGCCCCACAGCGGUGGCUCUAUCAACCCCGAGCUCUUCCUGCCCAGCAACGCGCUACCCACCUACGAACAGCUGACCGUGCCCCGCGGGGGCCCCGACAAGGGCUCCUGAUGGGGGCUCGGGGCCCAGGCCUGAGAGGGGAGGCCCGGAGGAGCCCUGCCCGGCCCACCCCACCUCCCACUCAGCACAGGCACCACUAGGCCUCUGCCACCUCUCGAAGGCCCGAGAGAGCAGUCCCGCCCUCCAGGGCCCCAGACGCCCGGUGGACGACAGGGCCCUGCGGCCUGCCUGGGGGGCUCAAGACCGCCUCUUCCCAGCCAGCGGGUACUAGAAUUUGGCUGGGUGCUGGGAGGAGGGGCCUCUCGGCUCCGAGACCGGGGUCCCCCCAUUGCCUGCCUGAUACUCGGGACAGAGCGGCAGGAGGUCAGGCCGGGCAUCCCAGGCACUUGGUCUGUCCCAUGUAUGGCCAGGGAGCCGCACAGCUGUGUGCAGGCCCCGGGGCAUUCCUCAGGGGAGACAGAGGGACGGCCUGGACAGGGUCUGUGAGGACCCCACCCCCAG